UGUAAUUUAACCUGCAGUGUGAUCCAAGAACGAUCCCGAAUAACUUAAUUCUCAAGGCUACCAAAAUACUCCGAAUCGUCCAGAAACUUUUCUUCACCUCUCUACACCUUUCUUUUCUGUUCUUCAAAUAACCAAAUUCCAAGUUAUUUCCUAACAAAUCCAAAAUCAAAACUCAAAGGUAUUAGCAACAAAAAGAAACAAUGUUCUUCUUCUUCGUAGGAGGGCUAGAGCAGCAAGUUAGACAAGUAUUGAAGAGCGGGGCGGGAAGGUGCAUUGCGUGCGGAUCACGCGCCGACCUCGUAGACUAUGACAAGGUCUUGAAACUCUUCUUUGUUCCGGUAUGGAGAUGGCCUGGAAAACAGCCGGUGAUGUACUGCAAUGACUGUAAACUCUUCUUCCCUCAAUCUCUAACUCCUCCUCCGCCGUCCAUGGACGGUGUGCCGGACGUUCUUAGGUGUCAAUUCUGUCGCCGGGAAGUGGAUGGAGAUUUCCGAUUCUGCCCUUUCUGUGGUAAUGCACUGUGAAUUUGACAUGUAAUAAUGAUAAAUAAUAAGUAGACGCUUAUGGUUUUGAAAUACUUUGUAAUUAUGUUCUCUGAGGAAUAAGUUCGAGGAAUAUUUUCUGUUUUC